GCGGAGUCCAUACCAGCGCAAUGGCGUCCAACCCCCAACGGGGGGAGAUUCUGCUCAGGGAACUGCAGGGGGAUUCCCGAAGUCUUCCGUUUUCUGAGAAUGUGAGUGCUGUUCAAAAAUUAGACUUUUCAGAUACAGUGGUGCAGCAGAAAUUGGAUGAUAUCAAGGAUCGAAUUAAGAGAGAAAUAAGGAAAGAACUGAAAAUCAAAGAGGGAGCAGAAAAUCUGAGGAAAGUCACAAGAGAUAAAAAAAGUUUGUCUUAUGUAGACAACAUUUUGAAAAAAUCAAAUAAAAAAUUAGAAGAACUACAUCACAAGCUGCAGGAAUUAAAUGCACAUAUUGCUGUAUCAGAUCCAGAAGAUAUUACAGAUUGCCCAAGGACUCCAGAUAUUCCAAAUAGUGACCCUCGUUGUUCUACUAGCAACAAUAGAUUGAAGGCUCCCUUCGUCAGCGGCGGCCGCGUCCAGGUGCGGAGUCCAUACCGGAGUGCAAUGGCGUCCAACCCCCAACGGGGGGAGAUUCUGCUCACGGAACUGCAGGGGGAUUCCCGAAGUCUUCCGUUUUCUGAGAAUGUGAGUGCUGUUCAAAAAUUAGACUUUUCAGAUACAGUGGUGCAGCAGAAAUUGGAUGAUAUCAAGGAUCGAAUUAAGAGAGAAAUAAGGAAAGAACUGAAAAUCAAAGAGGGAGCAGAAAAUCUGAGGAAAGUCACAAGAGAUAAAAAAAGUUUGUCUUAUGUAGACAACAUUUUGAAAAAAUCAAAUAAAAAAUUAGAAGAACUACAUCACAAGCUGCAGGAAUUAAAUGCCCAUAUUGUUGUAUCAGAUCCAGAAGAUACCACAGAUUGCCCAACGACUCCAGGUACUCCAAAUAGUGACCCUCGUUGUUCUACUAGCAACAAUAGAUUGAAGGCUCUACAAAAACAGUUGGACAUAGAACUUAAAGUAAAACAACGUGCAGAGAAUAUGAUACAGAUGUAUUCAAAUGGAUCUUCAAAGGAUGGGAAACUCCAUGGUACAGCUCAGCAACUGCUCCAGGACAGCAAGACAAAAAUAGAAGUCAUAGGAAUGCAGAUCCUUCAGGCAGUCCAGACUAAUGAAUUGGCUUUUGAUAAUGCAAAACCUGUGAUAAGUCUUGAACUUCGGAUGGAAGAAUUAAGGCAUCAUGAUAGGACAGAGUUUGCAGUAGCAGAAGGUGCAAAGAAUGUAAUGAAAUUACUUGGCUCAGGAAAAGUAACAGACAGAAAAGCACUUUCAGGAGCUCAAGCAAGAUUUAAUGAAUCAAGUCAGAAGUUGGACCUUUUAAAGUAUUCAUUAGAGCAAAGAUUAAAUGAACUCCCCAAGAAUCAUCCCAAAAGCAGUGUUAUUAUUGAAGAACUUUCACUUGUUGCCACAUCACCAACACUAAGUCCACGUCAAAGUAUGAUAUCUACACAAAAUCAAUAUAGUACACCAUCCAAACCAGCAGCAUUAACAGGUACUUUGGAAGUGUGUCUUAUUGGCUGCCAAGAUAUCCUAGAGAAUGUCCCUGGACGGUCAAAAGCAACAUCAGUUGCACUGCCUGGUUGGAGUCCAGUUGAAACCAGAUCAUGUUUCAUGAGCAGAACAAGUAAAAGUGGAAGUAGUCGAAAUCUUCCAAAAACCGAAAACUUGUCCAAUGAUGUCUGUGCUGUUUUGAAGCUCGAUAAUACUGUGGUUGGCCAAACUAGCUGGAAACCCAUUUCCAAACAGUCAUGGGACCAGAAGUUUACACUGGAACUGCACAGGUCACAGGUUACCUUUUUUAAUCCAGUUAUUGAAAGAAGACCAAAACUUCAAAGAGAAAAGAAAAUUUUUUCAAAGCAACAAGGCAAAAGAUUUCUCAGAGCUCCUCCAAUGAAUACUAUUAUUGCCACUUGGGGAAGGCUAGUAAGAAGAGCUAUUCCUACAGUAAAUCAUUCUGGCACCUUCAGCCCUCAAGCUCCUGUGCCUACUACAGUGCCAGUGGUUGAUGUACACAUCCCUGAACUAGCACCUCCAGCUAGUGAUUCUACAGUAACCAAAUUGGACUUUGAUCUUGAGCCUGAACCUCCUCCAGCACCACCACGAGCUUCUUCCCUUGGAGAAAUAGAUGAAUCUUCUGAAUUAAGAGUUUUGGAUACACCAGGACAGGAUUCAGAGACUGCUUUUGAUAUUGAGAAUGACAGAAAUAGUAUACUUCCAAAAUCUCAAUCUGAAUACAAGCCUGAUACUCCUCAGUCAGGCCUAGAAUAUAGUGGUAUUCAAGAACUUGAGGAUAGAAGAUCGCAGCAAAGGUUUCAGUGUAAUCUACAAGACUUCAGGUGUUGUGCUGUCUUGGGAAGAGGACAGUUUGGAAAGGUGCUUUUAGCUAAAUAUAAACACACAAAUGAGAUGUUUGCUAUAAAAGCCUUAAAGAAAGGAGAUAUUGUGGCUCGACAUGAAGUAGACAUCCUGAUGUGUGAAAAAAGAAUUUUUGAAACUGUGAGUAGUGUAAGGCAUCCCUUUUUGACGAACCUUUUUGCAUGUUUCCAAACCAAAGAGCAUGUUUGCUUUGUAAUGGAAUAUGCUGCCGGUGGAGACCUAAGGAUGCACAUUAAUACUGGUGUCUUUUCUAAACCAACAGCUGUAUUUUAUGCUGCUUGUGUAGUUCUUGGGUUGCAGUAUUUACAUGAACACAAAAUUGCUCAUAGAGAUUUGAAAUUGGAAAACUUAUUGCUAGAUAGAGAGGGCUUUGUGAAAAUUGCUGAUUUUGGUCUUUGCAAAGAAGGAAUGGGAUACAGAGAUAGAACAAGCACAUUUUGUGGCACUCCUCUAUAUCUUGCCCCAGAAGUAUUAACAGAAAUUUCUUAUACAAGGGCUGUAGAUUGGUGGGGCCUUGGCGUGCUUAUAUAUCAAAUGCUUGUUGGUGACUAUCCCUUUCUUGGUGAUGACGAAGAUAAACUUUUUGACAGUAUUGUAAAUGAUGAAGUAAGGUAUCCAAGGUUCUUAUCUACAGAAGCCAUUUCUAUAAUGAGAAGGCUGUUAAGAAGAAAGCCUGAGUGGCGCCUUGGGGCUAGCAAGAAAGAUGCAGAAGAUGUAAAAAAGCACCCAUUUUUCCGGCUAAUUGAUUGGAGCGCUCUGAUGGACAAAAAAGUAAAGCCACCAUUUAUACGUACCAGAAGAGGACGAGAAGCUGUUAUUAAUUUCCAUGAUGAAUUUACCUCAGAAGCACCUAUUCUGACUCCACCUCGAGAACGAAGGAUACUUUCGGAAGAGGAGCAGGAAAUGUUCAGAGAUUUUGACUACACUGCUGAUUGGUGUUAAGUUGCUAGACACUGCGAAACCAAGCUGACUGACUCACAAGAAGACCUCUUAAAAAUAGCAAGCCUUCAUUUGCUCUCUGUGCCACCAAUAGCUUCUGAGUUUUGUUUUGUUUUUUUUAAUUGAAACACGUGAAGAUUUGUUUAAAAGUACCAUUCUAAUACUUCUUCAAAAGUGGCUUCUCAUUGUACUUCAGCGUAAAUAUGAGCACCGGGAACAGUUUCAUGGAGUUUAAGUUGAGUGAACAUCGGCCAUGAAAAUCCAUCACAUAUACUUUUGGAUCAAUAGUCUAUUUUUAAAAAGAAAGAAAAAAAACCACUUUUUACAGUCCCUAGCUUUGCCAUAUGCCCGCCUUAAGUGGAAGGAAAAUUAAUCACUUAACUAUGUUUUACAAAAAGAAAAAAAGGGCU